AUGUCAUCGGUAGCACCCAUACCUGUACCGCACACACUUGCGUCCUCAACAGAAGUCUCGGAAAUCGCAAACACAGAAGCUAAAGUUGGUAAAAAGAAUGAUUCGUCCGAAGCGAUAGGCAAGAAAGCUAAAGUUUCCAUUGAGAUUGUAUCUUCAGACCAACUACCGUCCAUUGCACCUAGAUUAGCUAGUAUAGUAUCAUCACAUAUGGAUCUUGACAUGUCCACCUUCUUUACAUUCCCUUAUGACCUCUCAUCAUCCUUGAGACUAUUUACAUCCAUCACCUCAUCUCUUAUCCCUCUCACCCAAGAAGAGAAGUAUCAACCGUCAUUCCCACCUCCAGCGGGAGGUAUAAUCUUACUGGUGGCUAAAUUAUAUCCUGAUGAAAAACCAUUAGGAUCAAUAGACAUGGAAGGGAAUCCAACUGGAAAUCAAGAUAUAGUGGGUAGUGUACAAUUGGGAUUCUCAGGUAUGCCAAAUGGAGCUUUCAGAUCUGAGGUUAAGAGAAUGUUGGUCGAUGUGAGAUACGGUGGUAGAGGUAUUGGAAAAGCUUUAUUAAAGAGAUUAGAAGCAGAAGCGAUUAAAUGGGGUAGUACAACUUGUAUGCUAGACACUGAACAGGGAUCUUUCGGGGAGAAGCUAUACAGAUCAUGCGGAUGGACAGAAUUAGGUGUUUUACCUAAAUUUCAUUGGCCUCCUGACAAGUCCGAAAAGAGAUCGACGGUAUUUUUCUAUAAGCAUCUUGAUGAGGAUGAGGAUGAGGAUGACGAUUACGCGUCUAAAGAUGUGUGA